CAACAGUACUGGUAUCUGUGGUGGUACUUUCACGGUAUAACUUGUUAAUCGAAGAUAUAGAUUUGACAUGUCGGCCGGUCGUUCUCCAGGUCCUACUUGGACUACUCUACGAGGUGGGGCAACGGUCAUACAAUUUCCAGCACACUCAAGGAAGCCUCCUUUAAUGUAUACAGAACCAACCGAUGCAUCAUCUGUCAUGCGCUCUAGCGACGACGAUGGCGAUGACGAACUGGAAGUAGAGAAGGAACUAACGGACCCGCCUCUCCAAAAGCGCAAGGCCCAGUACAGCCCUUCCACCGCGCUCCGUGUUAAUAAAUUUCCCCGCCUUGGGCUCAGCGGAUCGUCUAACACUGGUCGCUGGGUACAGGGUAUAGCGAGUGAUGAUAGUGAGGACGCUGGUGGUUCCACUGGCCCACGGCCUUCUGUGAACGUGUCAUGCACCCUUUCAACGUGUGCGAUAGACAAGUCUACAUCUACGAAGUCAACUUUCACUGGAGGUUCCAGUUCAGACGAGUUUGGGGGAACAUUGUCCCAAGUCAUCAGACAGGCUAAUACGAAGGAGAGACUUGAUGAGCGGAAGAAAAACAUGGAUGUGGAGGUCCAGAGGGACCCACGGCGUGACGUGCCUGCGCCCACGACCCGCGUUGUCGCACGUAAACAAGUAAAUGGUCGUCCAAGAGUCUCCACUGGAUCGUUAUUGCAGGGUGUUCAGAGAUCCAGUACGUGCUUGAUUUUUUUUUUUUUUCGCUUCACAAGUUUCUGUGUUUCCACCACCCCGUCUACGACCCAGAUUCCCCUGCUCGCACACGUGUCCGACCAAAAAGGAAGGCUGCCGUAGUCAACCGUAACGCUCUACUGGCACAUUUCCGCCCACUUGACACUCCAAGACGGCGAAGUAAUGCUGAAGUAAUUGAGCUCACUGACUCUGACGGAGAACGUGGUCCGCACGGCACCGGCGCGGUUCUUGGGAAUAGCACAACCAUAUCCAAAGGAUCCGAGGAUUUAAUAGUCAUAUCAAGCGGUUCAGAUGGCAAUUCUCCCCGUUCGCCCACUCGUCUGCGGCGUCGAAGCACGCCAACAUUUCGCAGUGCAAA